CCACAUGACUUGCCCGUCAUGGGAGAUGAUUUCACAAUGAGGUGUGCCUAUUCACCUCCUUCUGAUUAUAGUGUGAUUAGGUGGAGACAUGGGAACACCAUUUUAAAGUUUGCUCAGUACACAACUGCGAUUCCAUUUCGAACUUCUUUUCCCAAUCCAGCAAAGUACAAGUUCAUGGGAGAUGACCACAGCACAUCCCUCACAAUAAACAAUUUAAAUACUGACGACAAUGGAGAUUACAGCUGUAUUGUAUUUAACGCAGACGGGCACGAUUCUUCGAAUAUGACAUUACAAGUACUAAACCCAGCCCCACCUAGUGACUUAUUUAUCAGUGACGACCGGUCUCCAAUUGGAUAUCCCGACAACCCAUACAUUUCCAUGACAGCAGGUGAACCACGUGACAUCACAUGCACUGUACGAGGGGCACGCCCACCGGCUCUCAUUGAGUGGCGCACCGAUGCUGAACAUAUCCAGGUCAUGGAUCAGGUAGAUGUUGUUCAAGGUCAAAGCUACAUGUACAUAUCUCGCGGGGUAGCCACCAUAACACCUUCUAAAGAUUAUCACAACAGAAUCAUUCGCUGUCUGGCGUCCCAUCGGGAACUGCAAAAUGUACUCCAAGCAACCAUCCUUCUCAAUAUUCAAGGUAUUUUUAAAAAGUGAAUUGAUAAAUCAAUAUCCUACUUCGUC